AUGCUGCGCGCAUCUCUUCGCUCACCUCGGGUGCUGGGCCCCAAGUCGGUUUCUAACACGGCCGGCCUUCAAUGGCACUCCAUUCAAGCAGCUCGGAGAGGAUAUGCAGAGACAGCAAAGCCAUCCAUUGGCAAUUCAAAACCUGUCGUUCUGCCUGGAUCCGCGAGCGCGACUUCUCCGCAGCCUCCACCACCUCGACAGCCCAUGAUCCAAGGAGCUCCUACACCCACAAAGCCGACCACAAAUCCUACAAUUCCUGCUCAUAACGUCCCAUUGACCCCUCCGCCGCCGCCAACGAACAACGUUGUCAAACCAGCUCCAUCUGCGACUCCCCCUCCUCCACCACCUCCGCCGCGGAAGCCACGAGGCCGCGUUCGCAGAUUUCUGACCGCACUUGUCCUGUUAACAGCACUUAGCUUUGGUGGAGGUGUCUAUUAUUCCAGAAUCAACGACAACUUCCAUGAUUUCUUUACCGAAUACAUUCCCUUUGGAGAAGAUGCUGUGCUUUACUUCGAGGAGAGGGAGUUCCGAAAGCGAUUCCCGCCCACCACGACCCGUAAACCUCGAGACACCGGUGAUAGAGUGAAAAUACCCAGUCAGUCCGGCGUAUCGUGGAGAGUUGCGGAGGACAACAAGAGUGCUACUGCGCGACACGCCAAUGCCUCAAAGGAUACCCCAAAGCCAAGGGAAGCAAUCCAGGAUCCUGUUGGGACCAAAACUGAAGAGAAAGUCAAAGUCGUUGAAGCUGCAAAGAAAGAGGCGGCUGUACCUAAUUCUCAGUCUUCUGAGACAACACUACCACUUGGAAAGGCUCCAGAGGGAAAAUCACCAGUGGUGCAGUCGCCAGUUAAGCCAGGCCAGCCAGUAAAAAAGGAGACAGCUCCGUCAUCCACUACAGCUAAUGCUAUUCCGUUCACCGCUCCAGAAGUCGAUCAACCUUCAAAGUUUCCUCCCGAGGUUACUCGCAUUGACCCCAUCAAAGUCAAUGAUGCGAAUGAACCAGUGGUUCAAGAUCUGGUCAAGAUCAUUAACGACAUCAUCACUGUGGUAAACGCGGACAAUUCCAAUUCUAGAUUUUCGACUACGAUUGACAAAGCCAAAAGGGAGGUUAGCAAACUUGGCGGCAAAAUUAAAGCUCUCAAGGACGAGGCAGAAAAGGAUGCGACCUCGAAAAUCAACAGCGAGAAGGAGGAUUUCGACCGGGCCGCAAAAGAGCUGAUUCGCCGCCUUGAAGCUGAAAUGGCCAAGCAACAAUCACAGUGGCAAGAAGAGUAUCAAAAUGAACGCCAGAAGAUUCAAGAAAAUUAUGAGCAGAAGCUGAAAGCCGAGGUUGAGAGGGCACAACAGGUCAACGAGCAGCGUCUCAAAAAUGAAUUGCUCAAGCAAGCAAUUGAUUUGAAGAACAAAUUCAUGUCCGAUGUGAAGACUCAGGUGGAAGAGGAACGUGACAGUCGGUUGGGAAAGCUCACUGAUCUUUCAAAGACUGUGAAUGAUCUCGAGAAACUGACUACGGAUUGGAAUUCUGUCGUGGAUGCGAAUUUGAAGACCCAACAUCUCCACGUGGCCGUUGAGGCUGUUCGUGCGAAUUUGGAGAAAAGUCAAGUUCCUCGACCUUUCGUUCGCGAACUUGCGGCUUUGAAGGAAAUUGCAUCUGAUGAUGAAGUCGUCAACGCAGCUAUUGCAUCAAUUAAUCCAGUAGCAUACCAACGGGGUGUUCCUUCCUCAUCCCAUCUCAUCGACCGAUUUCGACGUGUUGCGAGCGAGGUACGCAAAGCUUCUCUCCUGCCAGAGGAUGCCGGUGUUGCCAGUCACGCCUCGAGUUAUAUUUUGAGCAAAGUUCUAUUCAAGAAGAAAGGCCUUGCGACAGGCGACGAUGUUGAGAGUAUUUUGACAAGAACGGAAACAUUCUUGGAAGAGGGCAAUCUGGACGAAGCUGCCAGAGAAAUGAACGGCUUAAAGGGGUGGGCAAAGACGUUGAGCAAAGACUGGAUGGGUGAGGUUAGAAGAGUACUUGAAGUGCAACAAGCCUUGGACGUAAUUGCUACUGAAGCGCGGUUGCAAAGUCUGAGGGUUGAGUAA